GCAACCAUGACGAUGUAUGAUAUGAAAGAGUUGCCUCAUCUGGUAAAACCAGCUACUUUGAUACUCGUUAUACUUCAAACAAUAUUCGUAUUCUCUCCUGGUUAUCGAGGGUUUCAAUGGUUUGUCAUUAUGACUACUAUAGUUCAGUUGAUAGUUUGUGUACUAGUCUUCUUGGCUAUGCUUGCCGAUAUCACGGCACUGACGGAAGCCCCAAUGUGGCCUAUGGCGAUGAAUUGA